CUCAAUAAAGAAUUUCAAAAUGCUGUGGUCAAACGGUUGAUGGAUAAUUAUUAUCGACUAUAUCUCAUGCCACAUAAUCAAAUGGCCCAUUGGAUUUUGGUUGUAAUUUGGGAUGGCGAUCUCUAUAUUCUGAAUCCUUUGCCACACAACACCCGUUUUCCAGAUUUGGAACGAGGACUAAUAGAUGCAUUGGCAAGUUACCAUGCUCAAAGUGGAAGGGCAAAGAGAACUCCCAAAGUAGUCUAUCUUAUGGGAUCGCCUAAGCAACCAGGGGGAACUGAAUGUGGGUAUACGGUCCUUAGAUAUAUGAGAGACAUUGUUAUGGACAAAGAAAUGUCUUUCAUGACCAAGUGGGCAGUCAGGUCUCGAAACUGUUACACAGAGGAGGAGCUGGAUGAGGUCCGUAUGGAGGCUCUCGAAUUUAUUGAGGACAAGAUGUAGUUUGAAUUUCUUUUGUUGAAUGGUAAUUAAUUAAACU